ACAAUAACUUUAACCAAAGAACAUUUGCGUGUUGUUCCAACCAGAAUCUUGAAACUUACCCCCUUUCAUAUGAAGUUGAAGAAGAAGAAGAGAAUGGAAUUGAACCGAAUAUAUUUUUGGAAAGUCCAGACAAAAGCAUUGCAGAAUCGCACGGAUCGCGAUCUAUUGCUUCAGGAUUUAGCGCGGAUUAUACAUCAGCGCUUACAUUAAUAUUUCUGCCGCAUAGAUGGUUCCGGAGCAGUAUAAUUCCCGACAGCAAAUGGGUUACUUUUGUUGAUUAUCUUCUUUUAAUAGUCGCGUACACAGACUUCAUGAUAUUGAUAUACCAAAUGGCUUUUUUAUCGAACACGUAUUUUUUCUACAUUUGCGUGGUGUCCGACGUUAUAUUCUUCUACAAAACCUUUCUGGAUAUUCACAGUGGUUAUAUGAAUCGAUAUGGGGAAUAUAUUUUGAAUUGUAGGAAGGUCCGUCACAUGUACUUUUCAAAAGUCUACCUACGUCGACGAGAUUUUCUAGCUAAUCUGCCAAUAUCCUACUUAGCAUUCGCAGUGAAUCUCACACCAACUAUGCAAAAUGCACUAUUUUGCUAUCUGAGGACCCCACAGCUUUUUCGUAUAACGUAUUUAUUUACCUACCGUCAGCAUAGGAAAAUAAAUAUUGGGACUGCUAAUUUGUUACUCAAGUUGACAACAAUUGCAAUAUGGGCCUCGAUAUUAUCGCAUAUAAACGCGUGUUUGUUUUUCAAAUUGUCUUGCCUCACACCUGUGCAUUGUACGUCAGCCAACUGGAUGUCGAAGCCUGAGCUAAAUCUACGCGCUAAAUACGCUGAGAAAAACUACUUCCCGCUUUACGUCGCGUCACUGUGGUACAUAAUAAAUUUGCUUACAAUCACGGGAACGGGUGAUGUGUCGUCACAAAAUGAUUUCGAAGUUAUCGAAACCGUUUUCAUCACUAUAGUUAUUAAAUUUUGUACAGGGCUCCUUAUAUCAGAGACGUCAGCACUUAUUACAGCGCACUCUUCAUCACGGAUAGCUUAUGAUGAAGGCAUUAAUGAACUGAGAGAUGGUUUACGAGAUACCGAACUGAGUAACCAUCAGAUGAAUAAGAUGUGGGACUAUGUCCGCGAAUUGUGGAGUAGGCAACAGGGCAGGCAGAUGCCAAAAUUAGUGACGAAUCUACCAUUUCGUCUGCGUUGUCAAAUAAUGCAAGCAGUCUAUGGCAGCCACAUUAGAGAGUCCGUUAUAUUCAGUAAGACGGACGACGACUUUAAACGAAUGUUAUGUAUGUGGCUGAGGCAUUGUGUCUUUUUCCCCGGGAACUAUAUUGUUCAAUGUGGGGAUGCCGAUCAAUGCAUUUACUUCAUCCAUAGGGGAGAGGUAGAAGUAUUGACGGUACAUCCCAAUUUGACGGAAUCAAUUUAUGACAUAUUAGGACCCGAAGAUAGUUUUGGCGUCGCCCAGGGUCUAUUUUUGGGAGUUGCACACCAUUUCUCCUUCAGAGCGCGCACAGUAGUAGACAUCGUGUACUUAAAGUUAGAAGAAUGGAAGUAUCUACUGGACUUCUACCCAAAGUCGGCGAAAUUAGUACGACGGAAAGUAGAAAAUGUUUAUUUAGCAAUUUAAUAAACAUAGUUAAUGUUUUUUCUAUACUAAUAU